CCUACUUUUCCACUCAGUGACAAGGACCCCAUCCAGAAGGUUUAUUUGAGUUGCUCGCCGGCGGGGGAAAGACGGGAUUUUUGCUUCAUCGGUACUCCCGAGCCUUUUCAAUUCCACUGGAUUUCGGCAGAGUAGCGGGUCCGUUAACCGAGGAAGGCUGUUAGCAGGUGUGUGUCUGUCUCUCUCUGUCAAUCCCAUCCUUGCUUUGAAAGAUGAAGCUUCCACUGGCAGCCGCCUUAUUCCUAAUAACGAAAGUUCUCCUCAUGGACGGGGUUCAGACGGCCAGGAUUAAACAUAUGAAGAUGCGGGAUGAAAUGGCUGCAGAUAGAAGAUGUACGACUGGCCCCAUUGAUCUGCUGUUUGUCAUUGACAGCUCCAGGAGUGUCCGACCCUUUGAGUUUGAGUUGAUGAGGAACUUUGUCAUUGACAUGAUCAACUUCUUGACCGUGGGACCUGAUGCCAGCAGGGUGGCGCUGGUCCAGUACUCCAGCCAGAUUGAGAACGUCUUCUCCUUCAAGACAUUCCAGAAGAAGGAGGACAUGAUCAAAAGCAUCAAGGAGGUGAUCCCACUGGCCCAAGGCACGAUGACCGGGCUGGCCAUCCAGUACGCCAUGAACGUUGCUUUCACUGAGCGGGAAGGAGCCCGGCCUCUGUCAAUGAAGAUCCCAAGGGUCGCCAUCAUUGUGACAGAUGGGAGGCCCCAGGACAGGGUCACGGAGGUGGCAGCCAGGGCUCGCGAAGCUGGUAUCGAGAUCUACGCUGUCGGAGUUCAGAGGGCAGAGAUGAGCUCCCUCAGAGCCAUGGCCUCCUUGCCUCUUGAGGAACACGUCUUCUUGGUUGAGUCCUUUGACCUGAUCGAACAAUUUGCAAAGACUUUCCAGGACAAAUUAUGUGCUCAGGACCUGUGUGCUGACGGGAGUCACGGCUGUCAACACAUCUGCGUCUCCAGCCCUGGAUCGUUCCACUGCGCCUGCCGUGAGGGUUACGUGCUGAACCCAGACAGGAAGACGUGUGCAGCCAUUGACCUUUGCUCCCACGGAGACCACGACUGUGAACAGAUUUGCAUCAGCUCCCCAGGAUCGUACAGGUGCAGCUGUCGCCAGGGUUUCAGACUCAACCAGGACCAGAGAACCUGCAGUGCUGUCAACCUCUGCGACCAGGGAGACCAUGGCUGUGAGCACGUCUGUGUCAGCACCCCCGGCUCGUACUACUGUCGCUGUCGUCCUGGCUACACCCUCAACCAGGACCAGAAGACCUGUAGCAUGAUAAAUUACUGUUCAUUCGGGAACCACAGCUGCCAACAUGACUGUGUGAACGUCCUCAAUGGGUACUACUGCACAUGCCGGGACGGCUUUGAACUGCAGAACGAUGGCAAAACCUGUAAAGCUGUUAAUGUGUGUGACACUGUGGAACAUGGCUGUGAAUUUAAGUGCGUCAGCACACCCGGCUCAUACUUCUGCAUCUGUCCCCCGGGGAGACAACUCAACGUGGACGGAAAGACCUGUAACAAGUGCAGCCGAGCCAACAUCGACCUGGUCUUUGUCAUUGAUGGCUCCAAAAGUGUGCGACCUGAGAACUUUGAGCUGGUGAAGAAGUUUGUCAAUAACAUUGUGGACGCACUGGACGUCUCCACCCAGGGCACCCGGGUGGGGCUGGUGCAGUACUCCAGCAAUGUCCGAACGGAAUUUCCCCUGGGCAAGCACACCACCACAGCGACGCUGAAGUCGGCAGUGAACAGCGUGCAGUACAUGGAGAAAGGCACCAUGACUGGACUCGCCCUCAAACACAUGGUGGAGAACAGCUUCACGGCGGCUGGGGGAGCCAGGCCAAUGGCUGAGAACUAUCCACGGGUGGGCGUCGUGUUUACUGAUGGACGCUCUCAGGACAGCAUCUCUGAGUGGUCCAAGAAAGCCAAAGAUGCAGGUAUCACCAUGUAUGCAGUCGGCAUUGGGAAGGCCGUGGAGGACGAACUGCGGGAAAUUGCCUCAGACCCUGUGGAUCAACACUUCUUCUAUGCAUCCGACUUCAGCGCCAUCGAUCAGAUUGCAGAAAAUCUGAAACUCAACAUCUGUGAGGAGGAAGUUACUGGACAGGAAACAAUUAAAGACCCGUGUGCAUGUGAAACUCUUGUAGCCUUCCAACAGGACACACUCUCGGUGCUGGAAGGAUUCUCACAAAAAUUGGCCCAGAUGACAGCCAAGCUGGAAGAUUUGGAAAACCGGGUUAUCAAAUCAGUGAAAUGAAAUGUAAAAGUAAAUGACCACCAUCUUCACAUCAUCAGAGGUGUUUCUAAGUCGCUAAAAUUGAUUUAGCUUUAUGUGUUUUUUUUUUGUCUCAUUUUCCUGGAGUUAUUUUUUACAAAGAAAAUAUUCAUUUAGGAUGCAUUUAUUUUCUACGGCUUCGAACUAUUUAACAGUAAAAGACCAUUUUUACAAGAUGUAUAUCUUUACUCAUUUUGUAUUGUACCUAUACUUGCAACAAGAAUCGGCUGAGAAACAGGCAUGUGAAAACUGGGCAUUAGUCAUGGAUCAGAGAGUCAUUGAGGGAGAAGGGUUCCAUGGUCAGUACACUCUGGACUUCCUUCAAAGGGAGACGAGGAAAGUAGAAUGGUGAGUGUCGUGACUGUGAACAAAUCCACCGGAGGGACAAAGCUGGGAGAUAUAAAAGUCUUUUUUGGGGAUUCACGGAAGCUGACAGCCUUUGGAGUCACUCAAGAGAGAGUCUCCCUGGUCCAACAUUACAGGACAUUUUUGUAUGUUAAAGAACAAAGGUUACGGGACAAUAUCUAUAUUACAAUGCCCUCAUAAUACUUCUUUUGAGCUACAUGUAAUUUUUCAAAUGACUGGAUCUUCUCACCAACACACCCAAAAUGAGUGUUAAUUACUGUGGUCUCUGAGUCCUAUAGUUGAUUGUAUUCAUGCAUAUUCAGGCAUCUCAGCCAAUUGGGUGUCUCCUGGUCUGCAACUUACUCUAAAAUGCAGUUUCAGGAAGACCAUUGCUCCAAGCUGCAUUUUAAAUUUAAUUUACAAUCCACAUUCAGAUCAGAAGGUUGGUUGCUGUUGAAAUUAAUAUUUGUUGAUAUUCCUAACUCCAGAAUAUGCCCUAACUGUGGGAACGAGAAAUAAAAAUAAGUAAAAAUGCUUAGAUCUGGAAAGGAAAUUAAUUGAUUAGGGAAACAAGUGACACCAUCACAUCUUAUGCCUUGUGACUGAGGGCAUGUUUGAGGGAGAGACUUUCACAAGGUUUAUCUAGACAAGCAUUUGAAUUGCCAAGGCUCGGAAAGUCACAGUUGCUCCCACUCACCCACCCCAACUAUUCCCAUUUACUAGCACAAGGGCCAAAGGGUCUUCUUUGCACUCCAUGAGUCUAUAACCAGAUAAUACAUCAGCAUUCACCACCCAGGGAAAGCUCACACCAAUGCCAAUAAACACCCUGGAAAAUAUCUAUCCAGGCGAUCAAAACCAUUAUCUGGUGAUCAAUCAUGCUGAUUAGGAGUAAAUCCUUCAAUGCAUCACUGUCCCAGUCAGAAUUGAGCUCUCUGCUGAAGGAUAAUUCAACUAUAAGACCUGUUAGUUUUUAUUAAUUUCUUACUGCCCAUUAUGCCGCUGGUGUUUAAGGCAGCAAUGAAUGGUCUCUAUUUCUGACUGUCUUUAACCAUCUUCUCUAUUGUCACCCAGGUGUGGUUCAGGGUCCUCAUUUUUACUCUACAGUAUGGUGCCAAGUUGUCUUUGGUCUCCCGUGUUUCUUCUAACUGUCAGGGGUCCAGUGAAGUACUGUCUUGAUGAUAGAGUUGGCCUCUGUUCUCAUCAUGUGCUCAAUCCAUCUCCAGUGUUUCCUCAUGAUGAUUGUGGCCAUGCCCUCUUGAUGACACUGAAAGAGUAGGGUAUGGUUGGAGAUCUUUCUUGGUGUUGGCUUUUAUACAACACUUUUAAUGGAGUAAAAUGUCAAAAUGAAAGAUAAUCUAUGACUGAAAUGCUUCUCACUCCCCUUUCUCAGAUUAACCAGUGGGUCCAGCAGAGGAAUUUCUACUUUUAUUUUUGCUUUCAAGUCAGGAUGUCCUCUUUUACAGUGUGUGACACACACAAAAUGCUAGAGGAACUCAGAUGGUCAGGCAGCAUCUAUGGAAAGGAAUGAAGAGUCAAUAUUUUUUAGGCUGAUGAACAGUCAGCCCAAAACGUCAAAAAAGAAACUCAAGAUGGUAUGUUGCCACCCAGAUGCCAGGGUCAGGGAUGUCUCUGAUCAGGUCCACAGCAUUCUGAAAGAUGAGAGUGAGGAGCCAGAAGAUGUGGUACAUAUUGGAAGAAAUGAUACAAGUUGAAAAGUGAGCAGGUCCCUGAAGGGAGAUUAUAGGGAGGUAGUUGCAAAGCUGAAAAGCAAGACCUCCAAUGAAGCUAAGAAUAUGGUAAUUUGGCAGGUAAAUGUGAGGAAUAAGUGAAGGGGCAGAGGUUCAGCUUUCGAGAUCAUUGGGAUCUCUUCUAGGGAAGGUAUGACCUGUACAAAAGAAUAGUUUACUCCUGAACGUGAGGGGAACCAAUAUCCUUGUGAACAAGUUUGCUAGAGCUGUUCAGGAGGGCUUAAGCUAAUUGGGCAGGGGAGUGGGAACUGGAGAGAUAGAGCUGGGGAUGAGGCAGUUGGUACACAACGCGAUGCAGUUUGUAAUGAGACUGUAAGGAAAGCAGGCAGAUGAUGAGACAAAAUUGCAGUUAGUGGGAUAAGUUGUAAUAUGAUUUAAAGUAUUCUGUCAGUUUUCACUGUGGAAGACACUAACAGUAUACCAGAAAAUAGAGGGUAUCAGGGAGCAGAAUUGAAUAUAGUUGCUAUUACUAAGGAGAAGAUAUUUGGGAAGCUGAAGGUUGAUAAAAGUCACCUGGACCAGAUAGACUACGCUCAAGGGUUCUGAAAGAGGUGGCUGAAGAGAUUGCAGAGGCAUUAGUAAUGAUCUUUCAAGAAUACUAAAUUCUGGCAUGGUUCCAGAGAACUGGAGAAUUGCAAAUGUUACUCCACCCUUUAUGAAAGGAGGGGGCAGAAGAAAGGAAAUUAUAGGCCAGUUAGUUUGACUUCAGUGGUUGGGAAGAUGUUGGAGUCCAUAAUUAAGAAUAUGGUUUCAGUAUAUGUGGAAGCACAUUAUUUCCUUAAGGGGAAAUCUUGCUUGACGAAUCUGUUGGAAUUCUAUGAGGAAUUAACAGACAGGAUAGACAAAGAGUCAGUGGAUGGUGUUUACGUGGAUUUGCAGAAGGCCUUUGACAAGGUACAGAACAUGAGGCUUCUUAAGAAGAAAAGAGGCCUUUGUAUUACAGGAAAGAUUGGCUGACUGGCAGGAGGUAAACAGUGGGAAUAAGCAAGCCUUUUCUGGUUGGCUACUGGUGACUAGUGGUUUUCCACAAGGAUCGGGUUGGUACCACUUCUUUUCAUGUUAUCAUUUGGAUGACAGAAUUUGUGGCCAGGUUUAUGGAUGAUACAAAGAUAAGUGGAAGGGCAGGUGGUGUUGAGGAAGCAGGGAGUCUGCAGAAUGUGCAAAGAAAUGGCAGAUGGAAUAUAAUACAGGGAAGUGUAUGUUCAUGCACUCUGGUAGAAGGAAUAAAGGCAUAGACUAUUUUCUAAAUGGGGAGAAAAUUCAAAACUCUGAGGUGCAAACAGGUUUGGGAGUCUUUGUGCAGGAUUCCCGAAAGGUUAACUUGAUAAGAAAUGCAAAUGCAAUGUUAGCAUUCAUUUUGUGAGGACUAGAAUAUAAGAAAGGAUGCAAUGCUGAGGUUUUAUAAGGCACUUCUCAGACCACACAUUGAGUAUUGUGGGCAGUUUUAGGCCCAUUAUUAAGAAAAGAUGUUCUAGCAUUGGAGAGGGUCCAAAGGAGCUUUAGGUGUGUGGUGAACUACAUGUGCCUGUCUGGACACUCCCCCUGCUGACUGCUCCUGUGGCUCCUCCCACAGACCCCGGUAUAAAGGCGAUUGAGGCCUGAGCCCUGCCCUCAGUCUCCAGGAUGUAGUAUGGUGGUCAACUACUGCUUGUUCUUUCUUCCAGUCAAUAAAAGCCAAUAUCUCUCCUUCACGUCUCAGAAAGAGUUAUUGAUGGUGCAUCAAGGUGAAUGAUUCUGGGAAUAAAAGGGUUAACAUAUGAGGAGCAUUUCACACAAAAUGCUAGGAGCACAGCAAGCCAGGCAGCCGUCUAUGGAAAAAAGUACAAUCAACGUUUCAGGCCGAAACCCUUCGGCAAGACAAUCUCCCUUAGUCUCGUCAAAGUGUUUUGACCUGAAGAGUUGACUGCACUUUUUUCCGUAGAUACUGCCUAGCCUGCUGAGUUCCUCCAGCAUUUUGUGUGUGUUCCUCAAAUUUCCAGCAUCUGCAGAUUUUCUCUUGUUUGCGAGGAGCAUUUGUUGGCUUUGGGCCUAUACUCAUUAGAGUUUAGAAGAAUAAGUAGGGGGGGGGGACUCAUUGAAACUUAUCGAAUAUUGAAAGGCGUUGUUGGAGCAAAUAUGGAGAGGAAGUUUCCUAUAGUGGGACAGUCUAGGACCAGAGGGCACAGCCUCAGAAUAGAGGAAUGUCCAUUUAGAACAGAGAUGAGGAGGAAUUUCUUUAGCCAGAGAAUGGUGAAACUGUGGAAUUCAUUGCCACAGACAGUUGUGGAGGCCAAGUCAUUGAGUAUAUUUAAGUGGAUUAGUUAGGACGUCAAAGGUUACAGGGAGAAGGCAGGAGAAUGGGAUAGGGAAGGUUAUUAGAUCAGCAAUGAUGGAGCAGACUUAAUGGGCCAGGCGGCCUAGUUCUGUUCCUAUGUCUUAAGGUCUUUUUGUAGAUUCUGCCUGCCCUGCUGAGUUCCUCCAGCAUUUUGCAUCUGUGUGUUACUUUGGACUUCCAGCAUCUACAGAAUCUCGUGUUUGCAAUACCUGAGUGAGAUUGCUGACAAAACGGUGCAGCCAUUUUAGGGUGGUGUAUAGUACCAGGCAUCAAAUUGCCCCAUCCAAUUCAGUCCUCUAUUGGCAUUGCUAGGUGGAGAAGUUAUCGGCAGGGUACAGUAAUAUUAGUUAUCACAAAGCAAUGCUGUUGUUGAAACACUCCUGCAUUAUGCAGCCACGGACGGACCCAGGACUCUGUGUGAGAAGUAAAAUCAACACAAACUGUGAUGGGCCUAAUUAGAUAUUUUAAAUGAAUAAAAACAACCCAUUUCAUUAAAUAAAAAUGUGCAUAAACAAAUUAA